CGGUGACCCCUCCGUGGGUCGUGGGAUCAUGUGACGAAACAUGGCCGACGGGGCGACCGUCAGCUAUGUUUGGCGAUCCUGUUUUCAAGGUCUAGCAUCUUUCGUUCGACACAGCGACAGGAGCGAGCCGCGAGAAAAAAGAGACGAACUGGCACGGCUUCCAGCGCCAGAAGUGCUCGCGGCAGUUCUGGACUAUCUGUCUCCAUCCACCCUGGCGACCCUGUCCAUAGUCAGCUCCUGGUGUCGUCGCUUCGCAGAUGCAGAGGAAGUUUGGCGACAGGCCUGUGUGAAGACGUGGGCCACAAAGCAGCACUCAGCCCGCAUGAGGAGCUGGUUAGCUGAGCACUGUCGAACACCAGGCUCCUCCACAUCCUCUAGUGUCGGUGCUUUGGAGGACACAUGGAAGGCCCGCUACAUCUUCGCUCUCAAAGACCGACAGCGAUGCCGAAUUUUGCCAGAGGAGCUUUGUUGGGAUUCAGCCCGUGAUGAAGGGGGUAGACCACUACCUCGACGCUGGCAUUUGAAGAUGCAUUUGGGGCGUUGGGUGGACAAGGAGGUGAUUUUUAGCCCUGGAGGAGGUUCGUUGUCGGACUUUGACUUCCGGGUGUUGAACUUCCGGGUCUUCCAAGAGAUCCCAUGGCGGCCACAUCCAGGUGAAGGUCCUAAUGAAGAUCGCAUCUUCAGCGAUGGACCGGAGGACGAGGACGACGAGUCCCGGGCGGAGUCCGACGGCGAGGCGUCGCGGCGCUCCGUGGACAGCGACAACGUGGAGGGCGACGGCCUGGGCACGUCGCAGGCGUCGCAGGCGUCGCAGGCGUCGCAGGCGUCGCAGGCGUCGCAGGCGUCGGCGCACGAAGAGCACGAAGAGCACGAAGAGCAUGACAUGGACGAGCUGCAGGACAGUGAUGGCAGCCAUGCUGAUUUGCCACAAAUCAGUGAGCGCAGCCACAGCAGCAGUGUAUCUUCCAUUCCGGUGCUCUCUACGCCCAUGAUGGACAUGGAGGGGCGGGCACCAGCGAAGGAACCUGACACUUGGUGCUUGGCGUGCAGGGGGGUUGAGAUCCUUAACAAGGAACUCGCUGGCGUGUGGCACUGCAACGCCGUGCGUAGCCUGGCCGAGGAUCAGGUUGUUGCGGCGGCACGCGCUGUCCGUGGGCUGCGGUCGCUGGGAACCAGCCUAGACAGCGCUGAGAAGUCUCGCGCGUCUGUCAGGGCGGCUUCCCGGGAGCGAUCCCCGCGGCGCAGCAGCGGAGCCCCACGGUAUCUCCCUGCACCGCCUCCGCCGCCGGCACCCGUGGUCAGGCCAAAGGAGGAAAGCUACUCCGAAUUCGAAGAGUCGGAGGAGGAAGAUACGCGUGAAGGAGAUCCACCCAUCACUACAAAGGCCAAGAGUGAUCCGACCCGACAACCUCCUGAGCCGGCUUUACCGCCCAGGGAGUCCUCGCGAGGAGCACACGAACAUCACAGAGAACGAGGAGAUCAGGUAGCAAUGUUCACAUGGACAGAUGGACAGGAAUUUCACGUAGGCGACGAUGGCGGCUGGACCUGUCUCACACUGCACCCAGGCAUGGUGAUAGAGGUCAAGCUGGAAGGAGAAUUUGCCGCAGGCGAAGAGGAGUUGUGGGGAGGCUUUCUGGUUUACGCCGUGGAAGUGGCCUCAGAUGGGGAGCUGGUGGUGACAGCAAAAAGCUUGGGCUGUUCCAAUUCCGAUGUCUCCAAAAGUUUGUCAAGUGCCUUCAACCGUCGAGUCGGGGUGUUGCAUUUAUGUCAGCUUGGCAUGUGUUUAGAAGAAGGAGAGUACACCAUGCAUGUGCAACGGCUCCGGACCUUCAGCGUGGAAGGGUUCCAACGCAGCUACAUCACUGCCUCAGGUCAAAGGCAGCUCAAGAAGUGGUUGGAGGAGCUUGGAGGCACAGAAGAGUCAGGGCUGCCUGCCCCGCUGGAGCACCCUUUGGGGCCCGUGCGAGAGGCACCCGGGGGGUCUAUAGAUGGGACACCUCUGAGCCCUGGCGACGAAGAGGCGUUGCCGAGGGAAAAGAAGAGGACACCUGCUGGGGCCCCACCCCGUGCAGAACUUCGAGUGAGCCAGAGCGAGAGAGACAGCUUGAGGAGACGUCUAGACGCAGCAAAAGAGAAGAUGGUUGGAGAACGACGUUUGGGGGGUGCUGGCAAACGUGCCGGGCACCCCACCGAAUCCCGCCAGAUCAUCGACAUCUCAUCGUCGGAAGGGUAUUCAGCCUCAGAGCCGGAAGCCUUGGUGAAGAUGGAACCUGUGAAGAGGAAGAGGAAGCAGCAUCGGCCGCUGGACCCCUUGGGUCCGAGCCGGGCUUUAGCUGCCCUGCAAGCCGACUUGCCAGUUCCGGGCAGUCCCAAGAAGAAGAAGAAGAAGAAGGCAGCCCGGGAUGUCCCAGACGAGACAACAGCGGUGGCUACAAGAGGUUCUACUACGACCAGUUGUCAGAAACAACUUAUGGCUCGGGCGGCAGAAUCAGCGCAGGAGAGGAAAGACAAGAGGAGCGAUCAGAGACAUGGGAGGAAGCCAGAGGAGCGGCUAGCUCGGAUCCUUACCAAGGUUGUUCAAGGGAAGAAGGAUACGAAGAAAAAGAAGAAGAAGAAAGACCGGCAAAGAAAGAAGAAGGGAAUGGAAGGAGGUGGUCCGAGCGGGAGCUCCGACGGGUCCCCGACAGGAAGCUCCGACGGCUCCUCAGGGUCGGACUCCGAGGGGGCAGACUCUUCCAGCUCAGACCCAAAGAAGAUGGAGCCCCCUCUGAAAAGAAAGGCCAUGCAGAGGCCAGGCUCAGUCUUAAGAAUGCUCGUCGAACAUGCCAUGGAGAAGUUGGACCAGACCUCGAAGAUCGCUGUCUCCCGAAAAGACGAAGACGAUCUGACACAGGGGGUCAGGAUAACCACCUACUUCGCCAUCGUCGUCAAGCCUCAACUGAACCAGAUGAGCCCCCAGCUCAGGGAGCUACAUAUGUUAGCUCACGGGCUGGAUUUACUCCGUGCCGGGGAGCUGGACAGCCUUGGAGACUUGCUGGCCUCGCGGUUCAUCUCGCUGCACCAGGCCGGCAUCGACGGCAAUUGGCACGCCGCCCGCCACUUGGAGUUGAUUCCAUACGACGAAUCAUCGGCAGCGGGAGCGGCAGUGGUGCUACAGGCGAGAAAACACGCCCGGCUGGCUGCCCAGGUAGCUGGCCAAGAGCCGCGCUCCUGGAAGGGCAGCGGGCGGGGGCGUGGCCGCGGAAGUGGCUGGGAAGACUCUGGCUGGGGGCAAGACCACCGAGGGAAAGGCAAGAAGGGAGACAAAGGCAAAGGACGAGGAAAGAUGGGAGGAAAAGGACAACAAGCAGCCGAUACAGCAGGAGAUGGACGCACGAAGGAGUCGACCCCGUUGCGUGCCAGGGGUGCGACCUUUCCUCUAAGGGAGGGAGACUUGCAGGAAUUUGUUGAAGCCAUGAAGGCAUCAACCUUGGCUGAAGCCACCACCGAGGACGCCGUACGGCGCUGGUGUGUGGAAGCAUGGAUGUUUUUGGUUUUUAUGGGCCUCAACGCCCUCUCUGGUGUGGCGCCACGCCCAGGCAGUGGGCGCUGGACCGUGAUGGAGGCGCAAGCGGCAGCGUCCAUCCGAAGGGGGGUGGACACCCGAUGUCAAAAGGACGUUGGGGACUUCCAGAGCUCUGAGGAAGCGUGGAAAAAGGACAUGGGGAGUAGAAUGGUUGGAUACAGCGGUGAAGAGGUUGCAGUUUGUGAAAAACUAAGUUUAGCCCAAAUCUUGCCUGCUCUUCCCCCGGUUGGACAUGGAGCAAGUGUUGAUGCACUGGACUGGGUAGGACCACGUACAAGACAUUUCUUGUUGAACCCGAAGGAGUUGCUUAAGAAACAUGAAGAUGUGGUCUUGCCUAGGCCUCUACUGAAGAAAGACACUGGUGGCAUGUCUACCUUGACAAUUUUGCUGCAGCAGAGCGUGUGGUGCCUGGCAACAGUUGUGUGGCAGCCCAUCUUUGCCAUCAGGUCUUUGAGUGGACCGGGGAAAGACUUCACUGAAGCUAGUAGCUUGCAGGACAGACUGGGUUUUGAAGGACGAAUUCCUGUCCUCCUCCUCUCACUCUUCAACGGAGUGGGGGGAGCCUUUCGCUGUUACGACGUGGCUGGUGUAUUGCCUUUGGGACGGAUAGCAGUCGAGAUUGAUGAAGCAGCUAACAGGGUCACCAGCAGAAGGUGGCCUGAUGCCGAAAUUGUCAAAGACAUCCAUCUGGUGGAUAGGGCUUUGGUGCGUUCCUGGAGUCACAAAUUUUUGGGCGUCAGCGAAGUUCACAUAUGGGGGGGUUUCCCGUGCACUGACCUCUCAAAGGUGAAAUACAAUCGAGAGAACCUUUCUGGGAAGAACAGCAGAUUAUUUUAUGAAAUCCCUCGUGUCAUUGGACUGGUCAAAUCUGAGUUUGGGCCGUCGGUGGAAGUAAAGGAAGUUGUAGAGAAUGUAGCCUCUAUGGAUGAGGAGGCAGCAAGGGAGAUCUCCUAUGAGCUGGAGACCUUUCCGUUUUUGGUAGAUCCCAUUCAUGCAGUUCCGAUGAGAAGACCACGUUUUUGCUGGACGACAGAGGACAUAGACGGACUAUUUCCCGACGUACGGUUGGUAGCUGGGAAAUACUGGACAGAGAUUAUUGCAGCCGCCGAAUACCCCCAAAUGGAGCAAUGGAUGGAUGAUGGGUUUGAAUGGAAAGGUGGGCAGGAGGGAGCAGUGCUCCCCACCUGCCUCAAGAGCAUCCCACGUCGAUGCCCUCCACCUCGGCCGGCAGGCCUGGGAAAAUGUGACUGGGAGACAAAAGAGCGUUGGCGAGAAGACUCUUUCAGGUAUUACCUAGCACUUCGGAAGGUGCUACCUUACGUUGAAAAAGCGUCUUGUGAGGAAGACAUCGACGCCCAAGUCUGUCACUGGGUGCGGCGCAUGUGGCGAAGCGGGGAGCCCCUCCUCACCAUCGGAGACGGCCUCUCUGCAUUGCACUUCUUUCAACCUUGGCUUAAAAAGAAAUUGCCACACGCAUGGAAACUUUUUAGCACAUGGCGUCGAUGUGAACUUCCAGCAAGAGCUCCCCCACUCACGCUCCGCUUGGUGCGAGGCUUUGCUGCCUAUGAGGCUAGUUUGGGACAUCUCGAGAUGAGUUCGCUCCUUCUUUUAGGGUUUCACUGUUUACUACGUACAGGUGAGCUAUUGGCUUUAACACCCUCUGACCUUUUGCUAGGAGAAAGCACUGGUAUUUGCUCUCUCAAGUCCACAAAAUCGGGCAAGCGACAUGCAGCUACAGAAGCGAUCAGCAUUACAGACAAAAUCACCCUGGAAACGCUUAAAGCCUUGCUUAACGCCAAGGAUGCUCUUCAGGUGUCAGCAUUGCCCUUGUGGACUGGUACCGGCGUGGAGGUGCUACGGAAUUAUUUCAGAGAACUCAAUCGAUGGAGAGUGCUCUCAUCAGAGGACGCUGGGAAUCAUCCCAGAGUCAGCUUCUACCAUGAAGCGUUGCCUGGAGCUUCUACCAUGAAGCUUGGAGAAAUGCUCUCAGCAGUGGCCCAAACCUCUCCCUCCCUUGAGGUAACAGGUGCUGAAAAAUUUUUCUUUCGCGCACUUCAGAGAGUCAGCUUCUACCAUGAAGCGUUGCCUGGAGCUUCUACCAUGAAGCUUGGAGAAAUGUUGAGCUUCCGCACCCUGGGCAGACCUCUCCGGCGACGAGCCGAGGCGGCAGCCGCAGCGGCCGGACUCGUGGAUAGUCGCCGCCGAGAUUUGCCUCGGCCGCGCUUCCUGCGCACCUUGCGGCCUCCGCCGCCGCCGUUGCUUCACUUCGGGCGGCGCUUCGCAGAUGGUCCAUUUCUGAUGCCGCUGCCUCUGCCGUUGGCCGCGGUGCCGUUGCCCACACCUCCGGUUGUGCCCCGGAGAAGACAUGCCUCCGGCUGCAGCUUAUUGGAGGUCCCAUCCUUGCCAUUUCUUCUGCGCGUGGGCCGAACGCCCGACUGGGGAUGGAGCCUGACGCCUGUGGUGGAAGGGCGAGUGGAAGCACCCACGCGGAAUGGUGUGAGGGCCCAGUGUCAUGAGCAGAGUCAUGAUAUUUCCUGGCUGAGUGAGCUCCAAGCCCAUUCCCAGCUGAUGGAGAUGGAGUCCGGUUCUGAGCUGGAAGGUGAUACACAGCUGUGCCCUGUGCGUGAGUCUCCGCAGAGUCGUGCCUCUGGAGAAGCAUCGGAGAAACAGGACUGGUCGAUCAUGCGGGAGUUUGAUCAAGACUGGACCAAAGCUGCAGAGGCCGAUGCACCUGCACCUUCCACGCCAACGAAGAAGAUGCUCUUGGAUUUGUCGCCUCAAAGUGUCGAAAAGUUCCCAGAGGCUCUGCACAAGGUUCCAGAAGCGGCUGCAGGGGAAGGCAAAGGCGUGAUGACAGAUUCUUUCGAGGAGCCGGACUCGGCUGAUGAGGUGGGUGAGUUGCAGUGCCAGACCUGCCUGGCCUUUGACAUCGCCAAGUCACCGGAGCACGGCUGGUCCCCGGCAGAGGUGGAUAUGAUGUUGGACAACGACCUGGAAGCCCGAAUCCAAUCGCACCUGACCUUCGUUGCGAGUCCCAUUGAAGUCCAACCUGAAGCUGUGGAAGGAUUUGGGGAGGUGCCACAGGUCUGGGAAGAUCAGGCUGUGAAGGAAACAGAUGAGGAUUCCAGUCGACCUGCUGAACCCAUGGAAGCAGGGGAUGGGUCACCUGUGGAAGGUUCAGCAGCAGCUAUGGAUGGUUCACCCAACGAUGGCGUGCGUGAUGAUCAUUCUGAGCACUCCCAGGACGGAGUCGCUCUGACCGGGUUGGAACCUGCUGCUUUCGAGGUCGAGAUUCAGGCGGCGUUUCCUGGGCGUCUCAGUUCUGCCCAAGACGGUGGUCAGCAACCAGCAGCAGCUCAGGAUCAGGAUGAUGAGGGUAGUGUGGCUGGCAGUCUUCAAGGGGCUUUGGAAGGUCCGCACCGCAACGACUGCAGCUAUUGCGACGCGUGGCAUGAGACUGUGACGUACCUCGAGGAGUUGGAUGCUGCGGCAGGGCCACGUCCUGAAACACCGAGCUCAAGAAGUAGCUCAGUGUUGGAUUUCGUCCCAAGUGAUGUUGACUCGGAAGAUCCUUCGGAAAUGGAGAGCCUCCAUUCGGCCGAAGGGAUCCCGGAGAGCGUCGAAGCUGGAGAGGUGGAGGAUGCCCCCCUGAUCCCUGGUGCGUGGGAAGAAUCUAACCAGGUAGAUUUGGAUGAUUUGACUGGCUCUUGCCUCGCUGAAGACCUUGUGCUCAGUGAUGAAGAUGCCCACAAUGAAACAGGGGAGGACAAACAGAGUGAUAGCGUUUCUGCAGCAGAUCCAGCGUUCUUGGACGAAGGCCGUGCUGAUUCUUUGAGCAUGGACGGUUCUGCCAAGCUUUCAGUCGAUGCUGCAGAUGGUAGCGGUGAUGAGGAGCACAACGACCAGAAUGAAGACAUCGAUGCUGAGCAGCCCGUCUCAGAUGCAGACUAUGCUCCUGUUGGUUCUGGCGAAGCUGUCAUUAUGUCGGAGGAACUGGAAGAGGAUCUUCAACCUUCCAGUCCAUUAGGAGAUUUGCCUGGUUUCUCCAAGGAUGGCAUUUUGGAGGAAGCUGGUGACUUUGCGCACGAUGGUUCUCUUGCAUCAGCCUUUGGGGUUGAUGAUGGCAAGUUGUUGGCAGCGGGCUCUAGUGAAUCCCCAGAGGCCAAUGAAGCAUUUGAUGAGAUUGCGGAGCGGCAUGAGCAGCUUGAAUCAGUCAAGGAGCCUGCGUUGCAGCCUGUGGAUUUGCCCAGCCCCUCGAGUCCAAAAGCUUCGGUUGUCUCCGAUGAAGCAUCUCAUGUUGAAGCAGAUGAUGCAGAGAACAGCCAGGAGAAUGGCAAUGUCUCUGCAGUGGAUCCAGCGUUCUUGGACGAAGGCUGCGCUGAGCACAACGACCAGAAUGAAGACAUCGAUGCUGAGCAGCCCGUCUCAGAUGCAGACCAUGCUCUUGUUAGUGCUGGCGAAGCUGUCAUUAUGUCGGAGGAACUGGAAGAGGAUCUUCAACCUUCCAGUCCAUUGGGAGAUUUGCCUGGUUUCUCCAAGGAUGGCAUUUUGGAGGAAGCUGGUGACUUUGCGCACGAUGGUUCUCUUGCAUCAGCCUUUGGGGUUGAUGAUGGCAAGUUGUUGGCAGCGGGCUCUAGUGAAUCCCCAGAGGCCAAUGAAGCAUUUGAUGAGAUUGCAGAGCAGCAUGAGCAGCUUGAAUCAGUCAAGGAGCCUGCGUUGCAGCCUGUGGAUUUGCCCAGCCCCUCGAGUCCAAAAGCUUCGGUUGUCUCCGAUGAAGCAUCUCAUGUUGAAGCAGAUGAUGCAGAGAACAGCCAGGAGAAUGGCAAUGUCUCUGCAGUGGAUCCAGCGUUCUUGGACGAAGGCUGCGCUGAUUCUUUGAGCAUGGACGGUUCUGCCAAGCUUUCAAUUGAUGCUGCCGAUGGAAGCGGUGAUGAGGAGCACAACGGCCAGAAUGAAGACAUCGAUGCUGAGCAGCCCGUCUCAGAUGCAGACCAUGCUCUUGUUGGUGCUGGCGAAGCUGUCAUUAUGUCGGAGGAACUGGAAGAGGAUCUUCAACUUUCCAGUCCAUUGGGAGAUUUGCCUGGUUUCUCCAAGGAUGGCAUUUUGGAGGAAGCUGGUGACUUUGCGCACGAUGGUUCUCUUGCAUCAGCCUUUGAGGUUGAUGAUGGCAAGUUGUUGGCAGCGGGCUCUAGUGAAUCCCCAGAGGCCAAUGAAGCAUUUGAUGAGAUUGCAGAGCAGCAUGAGCAGCUUGAAUCAGUCAAGGAGCCUGCGUUGCAGCCUGCGGAUUUGCCCAGCCCCUCGAGUCCAAAAGCUUCGGUUGUCUCCGAUGAAGCAUCUCAUGUCGAAGCAGAUGAUGCAGAGAACGGCCAGGAGAAUGGCAGCGUUUCUGCAGUGGAUCCAGCGUUCUUGGACGAAGGCUGCGCUGAUUCUUUGAGCAUGGACGGUUCUGCCAAGCUUUCAGUCGAUGCUGCCGAUGGAAGCGGUGAUGAGGAGCACAACGGCCAGAAUGAAGACAUCGAUGCUGAGCAGCCCGUCUCAGAUGCAGACUAUGCUCCUGUUGGUUCUGGCGAAGCUGUCAUUAUGUCGGAGGAACUGGAAGAGGAUCUUCAACCUUCCAGUCCAUUGGGAGAUUUGCCUGGUUUCUCCAAGGAUGGCAUUUUGGAGGAAGCUGGUGACUUUGCGCACGAUGGUUCUCUUGCAUCAGCCUUUGAGGUUGAUGAUGGCAAGUUGUUGGCAGCGGGCUCUAGUGAAUCCCCAGAGGCCAAUGAAGCAUUUGAUGAGAUUGCAGAGCAGCAUGAGCAGCUUGAAUCAGUCAAGGAGCCUGCGUUGCAGCCUGUGGAUUUGCCCAGCCCCUCGAGUCCAAAAGCUUCGGUUGUCUCCGAUGAAGCAUCUCAUGUUGAAGCAGAUGAUGCAGAGAACGGCCAGGAGAAUGGCAAUGUCUCUGCAGUGGAUCCAGCGUUCUUGGACGAAGGCUGUGCUGAUUCUUUGAGCAUGGUCGGUUCUGCCAAGCUUUCAGUCGAUGCUGCCGAUGGAAGCGGUGAUGAGGAGCACAACGGCCAGAAUGAAGACAUCGAUGCUGAGCAGCCCGUCUCAGAUGCAGACCAUGCUCUUGUUGGUGCUGGCGAAGCUGUCAUUAUGUCGGAGGAACUGGAAGAGGAUCUUCAACCUUCCAGUCCAUUGGGAGAUUUGCCUGGUUUCUCCAAGGAUGGCAUUUUGGAGGAAGCUGGUGACUUUGCGCACGAUGGUUCUCUUGCAUCAGCCUUUGAGGUUGAUGAUGGCAAGUUGUUGGCAGCGGGCUCUAGUGAAUCCCCAGAGCCUGCGUUGCAGCCUGUGGAUUUGCCCAGCCCCUCGAGUCCAAAAGCUUCGGUUGUCUCCGAUGAAGCAUCUCAUGUCGAAGCAGAUGAUGCAGAGAACGACCAGGAGAAUGGCAAUGUCUCUGCAGUGGAUCCAGCGUUCUUGGACGAAGGCUGUGCUGAUUCUUUGAGCAUGGUCGGUUCUGCCAAGCUUUCAGUCGAUGCUGCCGAUGGAAGCGGUGAUGAGGAGCACAACGGCCAGAAUGAAGACAUCGAUGCUGAGCAGCCCGUCUCAGAUGCAGACCAUGCUCUUGUUGGUGCUGGCGAAGCUGUCAUUAUGUCGGAGGAACUGGAAGAGGAUCUUCAACCUUCCAGUCCAUUGGGAGAUUUGCCUGGUUUCUCCAAGGAUGGCAUUUUGGAGGAAGCUGGUGACUUUGCGCACGAUGUUUUUUCUCUUGCAUCCGCCUUUGAGGUUGAUGAUGGCAAGUUGUUGGCAGCGGCCUCUAGUGAAUCCCCAGAGGCCAAUGAAGCAUUUGAUGAGAUUGCAGAGCAGCAUGAGCAGCUUGAAUCAGUCAAGGAGCCUGCGUUGCAGCCUGUGGAUUUGCCCAGCCCCUCGAGUCCAAAAGCUUCGGUUGUCUCCGAUGAAGCAUCUCAUGUUGAAGCAGAUGAUGCAGAGAACGGCCAGGAGAAUGGAAUUGUCUCUGCAGUGGAUCCAGCGUUCUUGGACGAAGGCCGUGCUGAUUCUUUGAGCAUGGACGGUUCUGCCAAGCUUUCAGUCGAUGCUGCCGAUGGAAGCGGUGGUGAGGAGCACAACGGCCAGAAUGAAGACAUCGAUGCUGAGCAGCCCGUCUCAGAUGCAGACCAUGCUCUUGUUGGUGCUGGCGAAGCUGUCAUUAUGUCGGAGGAACUGGAAGAGGAUCUUCAACCUUCCAGUCCAUUGGGAGAUUUGCCUGGUUUCUCCAAGGAUGGCAUUUUGGAGGAAGCUGGUGACUUUGCGCACGAUGGUUCUCUUGCAUCAGCCUUUGAGGUUGAUGAUGGCAAGUUGUUGGCAGCGGCCUCUAGUGAAUCCCCAGAGGCCAAUGAAGCAUUUGAUGAGAUUGCAGAGCAGCAUGAGCAGCUUGAAUCAGUUAAGGAGCCUGCGUUGCAGCCUGUGGAUUUGCCCAGCCCCUCGAGUCCAAAAGCUUCGGUUGUCUCCGAUGAAGCAUCUCAUGUUGAAGCAGAUGAUGCAGAGAACGGCCAGGAGAAUGGCAAUGUCUCUGCAGUGGAUCCAGCGUUCUUGGACGAAGGCUGCGCUGAUUCUUUGAGCAUGGACGGUUCUGCCAAGCUUUCAGUCGAUGCUGCAGAUGGAAGCGGUGAUGAGGAGCGCAAAGACCGGAAGGUUGAGGAUUUCGAAUCUGCUGAUGAGCCAAUUUCAGUUUCAGAUUCUUUUGAAUCGGCCGACUGUGUUCAAGCUGAGCCAACCGAAGUAGAGGAAGUCGCCAUGUCAUGCACGAUGGAAGAGGACUGCCGUGGUGCACCCACUGUACCCAGGGGCCUCAACUGUUCACAAUGCAUUGCCGUUACGGCCAUCUCUUUGGGCUCGUGA